AUGAGGCUUCUCUUCCGCCGCUCGCGAGGAGCACGAAAGCGAUCGCCAAGAGCUACUCCAGACGCGCCGCCGGAUCCGCCAUCGCGGAGCAUUGGCCUGGACGAGGAAGAUCGUCUUGGGUUCCUCCUGCGAUCAUGCCAGAGCCCCAGAGAUCUUCCCCGCGGCCAGGAGCUGGAGCGAGAGAUCUCGGCCAGCGGCUCCCACCGCCACAGCACUUACCUCGCCAAUCUCCUCAUCCAGAUGUACGCCAAGUGCGGCCGCGUCGAUCAGGCGCGCCGGAUCUUCGAUGGCAUCGCCGCCAAGAACAGCUUCUCUCACAAUCUCAUGCUCAGGGCCUACGCGCAGAGCGAUGGCAUCGAAGAGAUGGAGCGCGUCUUUGCGAAGAUUGGAAACGGGAAUUCCGUGGGCUGGAACACGAUGAUCGCAGCAUAUGCCAGAACCGGGCAUCUGGAUCUUGCGAGAGCUUUGUUCGAUCGGAUGGAGAACCGGGACAGCGUAACGUGGAACGCGAUCGUCACGGGCUACGCGAGGCACGGGAAACUCACAGAGGCCAAGAUAUUGUUCGAUGAGAUGAUCGAUCCGGGCGUUGUGGCUUACACCGCAAUGAUCCAAGCGUAUUCCCAAGCCGGGCACUUGCGUGGCGCGAAGAAGCUCUUCGAUUCCAUGCCGCUGGGGAGGAACUCCAUGGCAUGGGUGACAAUGCUCCAGGGAUUCGUGGAGUGCGGCGAGAUGGCGGAUGCUUGGAGCUUGUUUUUGAAGAUCCCCCAGCGGGGAGUGGUGGCGGAGAGCAUCGCGAUCACAGCGGCAGUGGCGGGCGGAGAUCUGGAUCGAGCGAAGCGCGUGUUCUUGGCGAUGCCCGAGAGGAAUCUGGUGGCCUGGACGACGAUGCUGGGCGGGUUUGCGCAGGGGCUGAGUCUCCGUGGCGCCAAGAGACUCUUCGAUCGGAUGCCCGCCUGGGGCGUCGCGAGCUUCAACACGCUGCUGGUGGCGAUGGCGCAGUCCGGGCGGAUCGAGCAGAGUUUGGUACUCUUCUCGGGCUUCCCGGAGCGUGAUCUCGUCUCGUGGACGGCGAUGGUGGCGGCGUAUGCCCACUCGGGGUAUGGCCAGCGAGCUCUUGAGCUCUUCCGGGCUAUGAUGGCCGAGGGGCAUCACCCCGACGCCAUCGCCUUCGUGAGCGUGCUCAACGCGUGCAGCCACAUUGGGAUUGUGGAGGAGGGCGUGCGCUGCUUCAUGGCGAUGGUGGCGGACUUUGGAAUCGCCCCGUGGCGCGACCACUUCUCCGCCAUGGUGGAUCUCUUCUCGCGAGCCGGGCAGCUCCAAAACGCGCGGGAUCUCAUCGAGACGAUGCCGUUCCUGCCCGACUCGAUCGCCUGGGGCGCGCUGCUGGCAGGCGCCAGGACCCAUCGCCGCCUGGAGUUCGCGGAGCUGGCGUCGGCGCGGGUGGCGGAGCUCGACCCGGAGCGCUCGGCGGCGCCGCUGGUGGCGCUGGCUGGGAUGUACUCCGCCGCCGGGCGGGCCAGCGACGCCGCCAGGAUCCGCGACGUGAUCCGCGAGAGGGGGCUGAGCAAGCUCGCGGGAUUGAGCUGCGUGGAGAUUGGAAGGAGCCUCCACCGCUUCGCCGCCAGCGAUUCGAGCCACCCGAGAAACGAGGAGAUCCGCGCGGAGCUGGAGAGGAUCCAUGAGCUGAUGCGCGAGGAGGGAUACGCGGCGGAUGCGGAGGUGGCGAGCGAGGCGCUCAAGCUCCACAGCGAGAGGAUGGCGGUGGCGCUGGCUCUGAUCGAGGAGCCGUGCUCGCGGGAAACUAUCCGGGUGAUGAAGAACCUGAGAGUGUGCUGCGAUUGCCACACUGCUUUGAAGCUCAUGGCGAAGAUCUCCCAGCGGCGGAUCGUGGUGAGGGACACCAGCCGCUUCCACCACUUCGAUCGAGAUGGGAGCUGCUCUUGCGGAGAUUAUUGGUAG